GAGAGAGAGAGAGAGAGAGAGAGGAGAACAGAUGGGGUGCUGCGUGUGGGCGGGCUUUAGGACCCUGCAGGUGCGCCGUGUUGUGUGUUCAGUAAUGUGCAGUGCGGAUCCUCAUCCUCAGAGCGCGCGACCCUCCGCCUGACUUCCAGCCUCGCGCUUUCUCCGCCUUUCUUCCCUCCGCGCGGAGCCUCAGCAGCAGCAGCAGCAGCAGCAUCAUCACCACCGCAGCGUCGUCCUGCGAGCGAGUCCUGAGCGCGAGCCCUGAGCGCCUGACUGCCCGAGUGCCCGAGCGCCUGAGUGCCUGAGCGCGAGCCCCAGCCGCCGCCCCGCCGCCGCUCCCGCUGCUGAUGGCCUCGUCCGCGAGCGGCACGGAGGAGGCGCGCGGCGCGGCGUCCUCGUCGGCGCCCACGCCCCUCAAGCUGGUGGGCCUGGUGUGCGUGUUCCUGGCGCUGUGCCUGGACGUGGGCGCCGUGCUGAGCCCCGCGUGGGUCACCGCCGACCAGCAGUACUACCUGUCCCUGUGGGAGUCGUGCUCGAAGUUCGCCGGCGCGAGCGCGUGGCAGUGCACCGGCACGCUGAACACGGAUUGGCAGAUCGCCACGUUGGCGCUGUUACAUGGAGGAGCCUUCCUCAUCCUCACCUCCUUCAUGGUGGCCCUGGUCUCCGUGUGCACAUGUAGCAGGAGGCGUUUCUACAGACCCGUCGCCGUCAUGCUGUUCGCUGCAGUUGUCCUGCAGGCCUGUAGCUUGGUCCUGUUCCCCAUCAAGUUCAUCGAGACGAUCAGCUUGCGAAUAUACCAUGAGUUCAACUGGGGUUACGGCUUGGCUUGGGGCGCCACCAUCUUCUCGUUCGGGGGAGCCAUCCUGUACUGCCUGAACCCCAAGAACUACGACGACUACUACUGACCCCGCUGCACGACUCCGCCCACCCCCUUCACCCCUCCCCCCAACCGACACCUCUUCCCCACUCCCUCCGUACGAUGCUCUUUCGCAUUCCCUACAGCUCACGCACCGAACUUUUAUUUGCUUCCUGAGAAACAAAAAAACACGCAAACUGGGUGCAGAGCUCGUCCGAUUCCGGACCGACCAAUCUCACGUCUCACGCCAACAACCGCCCCGAGUUCUUCCAUUAUCAUCAUCCUUUUAGGUUCUUUAAAAUUCCUUUAUUAAAAUGUCACGCUAUUCUGUCUGUUCUCAUCUUUCCAUCACAUUUCCAACAUCACUGAUCCGUCUCUGAUCUUUAAGCAUCGGGCUCCGGAGAGAUCUCCGGAAACAGUCAUGUGCCGAUCCCUGCGGAGCGCUCCAUCUGGAGUGGGGUUUAGGAUCGGACCUGCUGCAUGCACACACACUUACACUCCACUUACACACACAUCACACAGAGUGUGUUAGGUUUCUGAAAUGAGAAAGCACAACAUAGAACAUAUGCUAACCUUAUUUCACACUAGCAAGUGACACGUUGCUCAUGGGGUUUCAGUGAGCUAUUUAUAGCUAUUACUGUUUAAACAUAUUAAACAACGCACUAAUCAGAGUGUUUCUUUGAUUUACACGUUGCUUCGUUUUUAGAUUAGAUUAGCAAACCAAACUAACUGUACUAGCGACGUACACUGGCCAGUACAUGCUCUGCUAAUUCCUCCGUCCAAGCUUUAUUUUUCUUUUAAUGUCUCGUUCACAUUUAGUUGGAGGUCAGGAUAAGAUGAAAUCAUGGCUAUACAGUACUGUGCAAAAGUCUUAGGCACUCAAUUUUUUUUUUAGUACAAACUUUAUUUUCUGACUUCUACAUUAUUAAUUCUAAAAACAUUUUAGAUUUCCCAAACAUUAGUUUUCCAGCACAAAAUGAAAUGUUACAGAAAAAUGUUUGUAUGUCAGUAAAGAAUGCAGCAGAUUCCAUAAGAGACACUUUUCAGAUAAAAACAUAAUGAAGGCUGCUGGGUUUCGCUGCAGAAAUAAGAAGCGAGUCGACAGUCAAAGUCUCCAGAAGAACUGUGGCUGCUUCUGCAAGAUGCUCAGUAACACUUCCAGCUCAUUUCCUUAUAAAACUGCACACACUGCACCUCAGAUACUGUUUUUUUUUUAAAGUGAAGGAUCGUCACACCAAAUAUUGACUUUGUUUCAUUUAUUACUGUUUUCUGCUCUUUAUAGUAUUUUUUUAAUGUAGAAACAUUUAAUUUCAUUAUUUUUGAAGGAAUCUUUGCUCUGCAGCAUUUCUUUGCAUGUGCCUAAGACUUUUGCACGGUACGUCAUACUCUUUAGGAAUUAAAGUUGAACUGCUGCGAGGAAUCAAUUUGAGUCAUUUGGAUUUGUCGCGUUAUGAUUUAAUUCAAAACUAAUUUGAGAAAAUCUUAAUUCAAAUAGGCUUGUUGCUGAAAUUGCGGCUCUGUGUCAAGCACGUGUAUGAAAUUAACAGCCGCAUGUCGCUUCGUGUCUUGCUAGUGUGAACGUAGGGUUAGAGUCUGAGCACACAGAGAGCGUGAGAGAAAGUUCAGCAAUGUGAGGAUGAUUGGAGGUGUUCCAGCGAUACGAAUACUGGAAUAUUUAGUAGUUCCUGGACAGCAGAGUGCAAAAGUCUGAGUGCAAAAUCUUUACCCAAACAUUCUGUUCAUGCAUUAUUUCCACAAGAUCUGAAAGGACACGACUGUGUCAAAUACAAGCGUUGUUAAGUAUCUGAUGUGACUAGUUUUCGCUAACUAGCUAGUUUUACAGUUGAAUCACAUCAAGAUAUGACUUUUUCCCCCUAGUUUUACUGCGAGACAUUUCCGAAUGUUGGUUAACUAGGUAAAGAGCUUCGUUUAAGGAUAUCCUCAAACAAAUGACAGCUUCUUUAAUGUUAGCUAGCUAGUUCCUAACAUUUACUAGAUAGCUAUCUAUCUAUAUAUUAGCAUAUCUUCUAACAAAUGGGAUUUUAUCUAAAGUUAGCUAGCCAGGUUUCCUGUGAGAGAUUUCGUAACGUUUACUAACUAGCUAGCUAUCUAUGUAUUAGCAUAUCUUUUUACAAAUACACUUUUCAAAUACAAUGGGAUUUUCUCUAUGGUUAGCUAGCUAGUUUGCUGUGGGACAUUUCCUAACUUCUGUUAGCUAGCUAGCUUAUCUUUAUAUUAGUGUACCUUUUAACAAAUGGGAUUUUCUCUAAAGUUCGCUAGCUAGUUAUGCUGUUGGACAUUAACUAAUGUUCGGUAACUAGCAUGCUAUCUUUGGAUUAGGAUAUCCUCUAAGAAAUGGGAUUUUUCUGGAACAUUAGCUAGCUAGUCCUUUCUGUGGAACAUUUUCUAAUGUGAGCUAGCUAUCUAUCUUUGUAUGAAGGUAUCUUCUAACAAAUACACAUUUCUCUGAUGUUAGCUAAUGGUACAUUUCUUAACAUUUGUUAGAUAGCUAGCUAUCUAUGUAUUAGCAUAUCCUCUAACAAAUGGGAUUUUUUCUAAUUUUGUGAAAUAGUUUUGCUGUGAGACAUUUCCUAAAUUUUAGUAACUAGCUAGCUAUCUUUUUGUUAGGAUAUUCUCUAAGAAACUAAAUUUUCCCUAACAUUAGCUAGCUAGUUUGCUGUGGGACAUUUUCUAAUGUGAGCUAGCUAGCUUAUCUUGAAAUGGGAUGUUAUCUGAUGUUAUGUAGAUAUCUAGAUCUUUCUGUUAUUUAGUUUUUUCCCUGUUUUUUUUUAUCUUAGCUAGCUAACUUUUUAUGGGCAUAUCCCAAGAAAGGGGAUUUACUCUAAUGUUAGCUAGCUAGUUUAGCUAUGAAACAAUUUUAGUGUUAGUUAAUUUAUAGAUUUAUAUAUAGGAUUUUUUCUCAGGGUAGCUAGCUAGUUUGGCUGUAAGAUGUUAAUUGCUAACAUCAGCUAGCUUUGUGUGGGGAUAUCCUCAGAUUUAUCCAUUAAAUAUGUUUCUUUCUUUUUUUUUUUUUUUAGGAUUUUUGGUUUUGUUUCUUUUUUGAUGUUGCAUAUUAGCUAGCCAACAUUUUUAAAAAUGUUUUCUAGCUUUUAAUUGCUGGGGAAUUUUUAAUGUUACCUCGCUAGCUUUGUAUGGGAAUAUCCUCUCACGAAAGUGUUUUCCCCUACUGUUAGCUAGCUUCUGAAGCCCUAACUAGCUUCUCAUAGGUUUUCCGCUUUCAAAGAUGUAAUAUUGCUAAUACUGUGGGAUAUAUUAGGUGUUACUUAGCUGUAUUGCACUCAGACGUUUGGACUCGACUGUACGAGGAAAUAAAAAUGACUUAUGAAAGGGUAUUUUAUCCAGCGAGAAACCUGGAGGUCAACUUGAGCUCGGUAUAGAUUUGUUUUUAUAACAUAUUACACCAUAUUUUCACAAACUGUAGCUAAUGUCAGGGUAAUAGAAUACGAUUUAUGGCUAGAGCAUGCUAAAUGGAGCACCAUGGGUUAAUUAGCUUUUCUGGAAGUAACUGUGAGGUUCAUUAGUGCACAUGUAAGAAGUGCAUUCACUUUAUGAUAAGUGUGUGUGUGUUAUGGAACUAAUAGGGCUAGCGGUGAUUUUUAUUCUUUUUUUUUUUCUGUCAGUUUUAGCAAAGACCAAAAUAUGGCUAAUGCUAAAUCUGAUUUUGUUGUUUGCUGUUGAUUCUGGUGUCUUCACCUGCCUUCACUAUUUUUACACCGUAGCCGUCUGUCCUGAGAUUUUCGUCCGUGGUUACAGCUUUUCUUUUCUUCCAAUUGCAAAGUGCACUAAAACUGUUUUCUAAAAGUGAAAUGAUUAGAAGUAGACAUGGGCCAGUGUAAAAAUUUUCCCCAAAUAAUACCUGCUUAACUUUUAAAUUACAGUUCAUGAUAUUGAAAUUUAAAAAGUAAAAACACUACAGUAAGUUAUUCCUUAAUCAGUGGCUUUUAAGUUAUAUAUAUAUUUUAAAGAUUAAUGGAGUGAACAGAAGAUAUUAUCUCACCUGGUGAUAAAAUAAAUGGCUCGCUGGAUGGAAGCUGGUUAACCACUACUCACUACUCUGCACUCAGCACUCAGUACUCAGUACUCACUCAGUACUCACUACUCACUCAGUACUCACUACUCUGCACUCAGCACUCAGUACUCGGUACUCACUCAGUACUCACUACUCUGCACUCAGCACUCAGUACUCACUACUUAGCACUCAGUACUCACUCAGUACUCACUACUUAGCACUCAGUACUCAGUACUCACUACUUAGCACUCACUACUUAGCACUCAAUACUCACUCAGUACUCACUACUUAGCACUCAGUACUCACUACUCAGCGCUUAGUACUCACUACUUAGCACUCAAUACUCACUCAGCACUCACUACUCAGCACUCAGCACUCACUCAGUACUCAGCUUGAAGGUCUUGUUGAAAAAAGUUUAAUUUUCAAUCAUUUUUAAAAUGAGAAAAAUAAUAAACUGUUAAGGAAUGUUAGCUAUGAGACAGUUAUCUCCGUGUUACUCAGUUGGAGCGAGUAGUACGCCAUUACUACAUUUAUUUAUUUAUUUUCUUAUAAACGAUCAUUGGACUCUU